CAGACCCGACCCAUCAUGGCUCGCCCAAGCCUCCGAACCCGCCGCCGCCGUCGCGAAGAGCCGCCGGAGGGACCCGUCGAGCUCCCUUCCUCGGCGCCUUCGAUAUUCGCGUCCACCGACGACCCCACCCCCCUCCAGGUGGCCACUAGUGUUCUUCUCACCGGGGCUAUCGCCGUCUUCCUCUUCCGCUCCGUUCGGCGUCGCGCCAGGCGUGCCAAGGAACUGAAAUUCAGGUCUUCAGGAGCACAGAAGACACUGAAAGAGGAGGCCUUGGACAGCUUGAAAGCAAUGGGGACAACCUCCAUCCCUGCCAAGGCACCGCCUUCACCUGUGCAGGCACUGCUGGGCGGAAUCGCGGCCGGUGUGAUUGCUCUCAUCCUCUACAAGUUCACCGCCACCAUCGAGGCGGCCCUCAACCGGCAAACACUUUCCGAUAAUUUCUCUGUAAGGCAGAUUUCGAUAACCAUAAGGACAAUUGUGAACGGGAUAUGCUACCUUGCGACAUUCGUAUUCGGUAUCAACUCCAUUGGCCUAGUCCUGUAUUCCGUUCAACUUGCCAUAAACUCCUUCACAGAAGAAUCUUCAAGCACACAAAUGAACCAAAGUGACGACCAAUUAACAUCAGCAGAGAGUCUUACAGAUACUCCUAAAACAAAUGACAGCAAAGGCAAUGAUAAAACAGAUAGUACACCAUGACAGAAGAUAAGUAUUGUUACUUCUACAGGGAUCUAUUUAAAUUGAAUUUUUUCUCGAUCUGCUAUCUUUGUUUCUACCUUUGAAAUGCUAACCUUCUACUUAGAAAUGAUGUUAACGUUAUCUAUGUGGCUAAGGCAUGUUUUUGGGUUAUUCGUAAUAGCUCUGCAUGUUAAUAGGUUAAUCAGUUGAUUUAUACACCACAGUUUAGGAGAUAAUCUGCAUAUAUCCGGCUGUUAAGAAUUCUUUUGGUCGAACAAAGUUUUGGUGAUUUACUUU